GCGAGGGAAGAUGGCGAAGACCUACGACUACCUGUUCAAGCUGCUGCUGAUCGGGGACUCGGGCGUGGGCAAGACCUGCCUGCUCUUCCGCUUCAGCGAGGACGCCUUCAACACCACCUUCAUCUCCACCAUCGGAAUUGACUUUAAGAUCAGAACAAUAGAAUUAGAUGGAAAGAAAAUCAAGCUACAAAUAUGGGAUACAGCAGGCCAGGAGAGAUUCCGCACAAUCACAACGGCAUACUACAGAGGAGCCAUGGGAAUUAUGCUGGUGUAUGACAUCACAAAUGAAAAGUCUUUUGACAACAUAAAAAACUGGAUAAGAAACAUAGAGGAGCAUGCCUCUUCAGAUGUAGAAAGAAUGAUCCUGGGUAACAAAUGUGAUAUGAAUGAAAAAAGACAAGUCUCAAAAGAAAAAGGGGAGAAGUUAGCAAUUGAUUAUGGAAUCAAAUUUUUGGAGACAAGUGCAAAAUCCAGCAUAAAUGUGGAAGAGGCAUUUUUCACACUUGCACGGGACAUUAUGACAAAGCUCAACAGAAAAAUGAAUGACAACAGUUCAUCAGGGGCAGGGUCACAAAGCCUCAGAAAUAAUACCACCAAGCUGCUGCUGAGAGCUCCAUUGAACGUAGACUGCGAUACACAAAAUACCAAGUGGAUUUUGCUCACUAAGCCUAUUGACCUGUCAGGCUCUUCUUUCUCAGAUAUGGAAGCUAUGAAGUGGAGACACAAAUGCAAGAAAGAAUUUAAUGCAAUUUUGUUGUCCCCUGCUGAAACUGAAGAAUUCUAAUUUCAUGUGGUCUUAUGGAUAAGGUAAAAUGCAGAUUUCUCUCUCUUUCUUUGUUGUUUUGCCCCCACCCCUCUUCUCCAGCAGUAUUAAAUGGCUGAGUGGCUGCACUUUACCAGUGUGCUAACUUUUGGUCAGUAUAGACCUCUUUCUGUGUACAGUCUGCCUUGUCAGACACUGAAAAAUGUGCUGUAUCUUAGUGUGCAAAUCAGCUGUAUGUUUUACUGGGAAUUUUUUUUAGCUAUAUUCUCCUUUAGACAAGCGGGUGAUGAUAAAUGGUAUGUUCUGCCUACGCAUCAGAUGCUGGGUACUACAGGCUUUUCUAAUGUCACUAUGAUUGUUUUGUGCAGUCUCUGUUGCUACCUUGCUCAAGACUAUAUAAUCUAAAUUUUGAAGGACUCUUAACUAUACCUCAGUCAACUAGUUAGUGUUCUAAUGUCCAUUAGAAUGAAAGUCAUAUAAUUAUUAUUCAUUAAGCAGCAAAUGUAUUUAUGUUUUGUUGCAGAAAUGGCCAUUAACCUUUCAGGAAAGGCAGACAUUUUUUGGUGGAUUUCGAUUGAACGAAAAUGCUGCUUAUGCUAUUGAGUUUUAGGAAAUCUUUCCCUCAGCCCCAUGUCUGUGCACUAUGUCUUGACCAAUAUUUUCUAAAUGGUUAAAAAAAAAGCGCCAAACAAAAACCAAACUGGUCUCAGUGCUUUGCAAUUUUAGCUUUCAGUCUCUGAUCAGCAAAACAUGCACAAGAAGUUUUUGCUGAGUGUAUAUAGAAUAUUUGAUUUACUUACUGUCUGGAAGUUCUAUUAUUGCUAAAGCUUAAACCACUCAUGAAACUUAAUGCAGCUCACUUUUCUAUUUGGGGGACAGUCUCAAAAAUGCUAAUUGACUUUUCAGACCUGUAGUUCUUUUUACAGAAAGUGUUUCCCAUACUAGUCUGCUGAAGUCAAGUGAAUUAGGUGGAUCAUUUUCACAAGUGAAUAAAGGAGUCUUAAAUAUACAUAUCGCAUUAAAAUAUUGUGAAUGGGUAAUGAUUUGAAAGUACAUGAAUAAUAUGUAAAAUGCAUAAAUGUGUUAUUUGUGAAAAUGCAUCUGUUAUUUGGUUGUCUAUUAAUGUAACUGAAAUCUUGCAAUGUUAAACUUCUUAAGGAUUGGUCUGUAGGUGAUAAUAGGUCUUUUUUCACCUCCAUUCACUGAACUGCUUAUGCCAUUCUCAUUCUUAUAAAUAAAACUUGUAUUUCUUUCUUCCACAAAAGCAGGAUUUCCAUUGAUUUUUCUUGUUUCUGGUGAAUUUAAGUAUUUUAGUGCAUUCCUAUGGCCUUACGAACAUUUUUGCAAAUAAAACUUCAAUUACAGUUAUUUUAAUGCCAUUAUAGCUACUAAAUUCAGAAUAAAAAGUAUAGUCCUUGAGAAAAUGCUUAAUUUUGAAAUAGAAGUGUUCUACUGUGUGUGUUUAAGCACAUUUUAUCUCUGGUAUAAAGGCGUAAUGUGAAAAGCUCCUGCAGAUAAAAGUGAACUUGUCAUGUGGUUAACUUGUAAACCUCAUCAUUACUUGUGUAUUGAUGUUUAUAGACAAAAAACCCAAACCCAAUCCCUAAAGGAAACCUUCACACUCCAAUGGUUUUAUUAUUCCAUGUGAACUUUUUUACAACGUGUGUCUCAAAUAAAAGUUACGUAAUGAAAAGUAUUUGGAGAAUUUUGUACGAAAUAUUCCAUGUAGUUUUCUAUACAGUUGGCAUUUCCACUCUAUUUUCGAUACAUGUGUUGUGGAAAGGAGUCCAGCUGUGUUGCAUCUGUAAAACUUUGUUUAACAUCAGUGGCAAGCCACAAGGGUCUUUGUAUGGCUUUGCUUGUUCCUAAACUGGACUGUUCUUCAGAUUUCUCCUGAAAUAUCCUCUGUUCCUGUAGUGAUUGCUUAGGUCUAAGUAUAUUAUUUCAGUGACCUUCAGCUUCAUAAGGAACCAUUUUUCCAGACAUUCAGUGUCAUGAGAUACCCUUCCAAAGUAACUUCUGAGCAAUGCCAGUAAAGAUAACAUGAGACACAAUCUCCAAUUUGA